UUAUAUAAACCAUCUCUGUGAAAACGGAAACAGAAACAAAGACACAAAGUCGAACCAGAAAUCACAGAAACAACAAAAGCUGAAACAAAAACCCAACGUUUUUAAAAAACCAGAACAAACACCACACGAAAGAAAAAAAGAAAAAGGAUGUCGUGCUCCGUUGCGGUGUCGAAUUCUCCUGUAUUUUCCCCAUCAGCAAAUCUCUUCUGCAGCAAAACAUCGGUAUCUAUCCCUUCAUCACCAGCAGAAACAAUUGCACUAACACUGACCCAUUUAAAAUCAACAACACAAUCUCCAUCUUCUUCUUCCGCUACUAGUUCUUGUUCGUCUCCUUCAUCCUUGUCCCCUUGCUCUCAGUUUCGGUUUCGCCUUCAAAAACCACCAUCUGGGCUCAGUUCUUCUUCCUUUGCUUCGGCUUCGGCUUCGGGGUCAGCCGCGACGGUUUUGAAGAGGAAAAGACCGAUGAGGCUGGAUAUACCGGUUGUUAUGGGGUUCGGAGGAGGGCCAGCGACGUCCAGGGCAGGGGAGGAAGCGGAGGUGGAGAGAGAAGGGUAUGGCUAUUCGGUUUAUUGUAAGAGAGGGAGGAGAGAGGCUAUGGAGGAUCGGUUUUCUGCUGUCGUUGACCUUGAAGGAGAUCCCAAGCAGGCUUUCUUUGGUAUUUUUGAUGGACAUGGAGGUGCUAAAGCAGCUGAAUUUGCAGCUGGGAACUUAGAUAAGAAUAUUUUAGAUGAAGUUGUUAGCAGGGAUGAGAAAGAAAUUGAGGAUGCAGUUAAGCAUGGUUAUUUAAAUACUGAUGCCCAGUUUUUAAAAGAAGAUUUUAGAGGUGGCUCCUGCUGUGUGACAGCUUUAAUUAGGAAGGGGAACCUUGUUGUAUCCAAUGCUGGUGAUUGUCGUGCUGUUAUGAGUAGAGGAGGUGUUGCUGAGGCCCUCACAACCGAUCACCGGCCUUCUAGGGAAGACGAGAAGGACAGAAUCGAGUCAAUGGGUGGCUACGUUGAUUUGAUACAUGGAACUUGGAGAAUUCAAGGCUGCUUGGCAGUGUCUAGGGGAAUUGGAGAUAGGGACCUUAAACAGUGGGUAAUAGCUGAGCCUGACACAAAAAUUGUUACAAUUAAGCCCGAAGAUGAGUUCUUGAUCUUAGCUUCUGAUGGCUUAUGGGAUAAGGUUGGUAAUCAAGAAGCUGUAGACCUUGCUCGCAGUUUGUGCAUAGGAGUCGAGAAGGCAGACCCGUUAUCUGCCUGUAAAAAGCUUGCUGAUCUCUCCGUUUCACGAGGCUCCUGUGAUGAUAUUAGUGUGAUGCUGAUCCACCUGGGACGCUAUGUUUGAUUAAAAACCAUUCUUGAUAAUGAUCCACUGACACGUGUAGGCUGAUGGAUAUUUGUUUUGUGGAAGAUCCUUGCAAGCUGGGAGCUGCAGGUUGACUAUAAAUAUGGUGGUAGUGAUGACGAAAAUCGAAUAAUUAUUGUAUUUAGAUUUUAGAGUAGUCUGAUCUAGAAACAGUUAUAGCUUUUGACAAUCUUGGGUAUUAUUUCACCCAUGGAAGAUUGAUUGAACAUAUUAGGAUUCUCAGCUGAUAUUCUUUUAUUCAUUCAUUGAUUAAUUCAUUUAUUCUUUAGCAAAA